AUGAGAUGCACACAGUGGCCGCUGAUACACGCACGGUCCCCGGGUGCCGCUGGACUACAGCACUCGCUCGGGACCAGCGGGACCCGGCUCUUCACUCACGGCAUGUACUUGUGUGCGUGCGCGCUCGCGGAGGCUGCGCAGGAGAGACCGGUUUCUCCAGUGGAGCCUGCGCAGGAGUACAGCGAGUUCACACUGUCCACUGGUGGAGGCUCCUGGAUGACUUGA